AUGACUAGUGUUGGGGUAGGUUUAUGGACCUGGGGAGAGCACAUGCUUGAUUGUCGGGCUUUCAAGUCAUAUCUCUCUCUUUUAGAUCAAACAGAAAAGAAAGAAGAAAUUGACGAGUCUGAAAGCUCAGAGGAAGAUAUGGAGCUCCCAUUAUUUGAUCUUGUCAUCAUAUCACAUGCAACCAAUAAAUUUUCCGACAGCAAUAAACUAGGAGAAGGAGGUUUCGGACCUGUUUACAAGGGUACACUAAUAGAUGGAAAAGAAAUUGCUGUGAAGAGGCUGUCAAAGAAUUCCGGACAGGGGGUAAAGGAGUUCAAAAAUGAAGUUAAAUUGAUUGUGAAACUUCAGCACCGAAAUCUUGUAAAGCUUCUUGGCUGCUGCAUUGAAGGAGAUGAGAGAAUGUUGAUUUAUGAAUACAUGCCAAAUAAAAGCCUAAACUCCUUCAUUUUUGAUCAAACAAGAGGCAAGGCAUUAGAUUGGUCCAAACGUUUCAAAAUUUUGUGUGGAAUAGCUAGGGGGCUUCUGUAUCUUCAUCAAGAUUCAAGGCUCAGGAUUAUACACAGAGAUCUCAAAGCAAGUAAUGUAUUACUUGACAAGGAUAUGAACCCAAAAAUUUCAGAUUUUGGCAUAGCCAAAACUUUUGGAGCAGACCAAACCGAAGGGAACACAAACAGAGUAAUUGGAACUUUGUGA